ACACCACAAACACAAACUGCCUUGCCUUGCCUUGUGGAUAAUUGACUAAAGAAUUGAUACAAGUUUCCAUGAGGAAGGAGCGAGCGAACAACACAACCAACCUGCCAACCACACCCACCACAAGCCAGUCAGCAAGCAAGCAUCCCAUACUCCACCCUGCCCCCUCCUGCCUUCCACUCCUUUCAACCAGACAGAUGGGCAGUGCCUGCUCACGAGAGGCGUCCACGUUGACAACACCUAACACUGCGCCCUACGCAAGCGCCAGCAGUAGCCAGGAUCCCAACAUGGAUGCGACGGUGGCGCAGCUGCGCCGCGAGAAGGAAGCACUCGAGCGCGAGAACAGAACGCUGAAGACGGAGCUUGCAGCAUCGCAGGAAGAGAACAAGACGCUGCAAUCACGCGUCCAGGAGUUGCAAGCCCAGGUGUCCAAGUUGGAGCGCGAGCAAGAGGCAGCAGCAACGGCAGCCGUCGCCACCCCGAACACGAGCAUGCUUGCGGACGGCAUGCAAGCCCUCGGCAUCAGCAGCCCCAUGUCGCCGCAGCCCACCUCCUCCCAGCCGCGCAAGGGCGAUCGCGUCAUCAGCCAUUGGAAGAAGUGGCAGUUCUAUCCUGCGCGCAUAGCCGAGUUCAACCGCGCGGAUCUGACGUUCACCGUUGACUUUGAUGACGGCGACCAGACCUCACGCGUUCAGAAAGUUGAGCUGGUUGCGCUCGAUCGCACGCCGGACGCGGACGAAAUCGGCGUCGGCUCCGUCGUCCUCUUCCCACAGGGCCGGUACCGCGGGAACGACGCAAUCAGCGGCGGUGUCCACUGGCAUCUUGGUCGCAUCACACGCGUCAGAUCGGAAAACGGCGAGCGCGUGUAUGACGGAUGCCAUCUCAAGGGAGCUGACGACGGCAAAUGGAUCACGUUCAAAGGCUACGCCCCCACAUUUGAGGGCCUGCGCCUGAAGGACAUGCGUGUGAGCCCAAACGUGUUGAACAUGCUUACCAGCGGCAUGUCGAGUGCUGCCCAGCAGGCCGCGGGCGCCGUGGACAAGUGCGAUGUCUUCAUCAGCUACUGUCGUGCAAACUGCCUCGAGGACAUUACCGCGCGGGACUUGGAGGCGCGCGGGUUCACGUGCUGGAUGAACAUGGACCAUCCAAACGCGUCCCAGGAGCAAGUCGCCCUGGCCAUCAAGCAUGCCAAGCUUGUGGUUGCGUGUGUGUCAAACGAAUAUGCGGACGACAGCGACUGUCGCUCGCAGUUCCAGUUUGCAAAGAAACUCCUCAGGAAGACAACUGUGCCCGUUGUUGUUGGUCGCGGCUCCUGGGAGUGGCAGCAAACCGUCGUCGGAUUGCUGAUUGCCGGUGACCUCUACAUCGACUUUCAGAACAUGAGCAACUACAGCGCCAAGUUUGAGGAGCUUGUUGGAAGCAUCAAGACCGUUCUCAACACGCAAACCAGUGGCAACCAGUCUGCCACAACGCAGGCCGCCGCAAUCUCAGAUGAUGUUGCCAAGCGCGUGUUCAUCAGCUACUGCUGGACGAAUUCAUUCCUCGCAAAGACGAGCAACCAGGUGCCCUCCGUCGCAGGCAACGAAUUCAACGACCCCCGCAGAAUCAAGGACGCGCUUGCAAACCAAGGGCUUGAGUCCUGGAUUGACAUUGAGCAAAUUCAGGCCGAUGACUCUGGGCUCUUCGAAAGCAUCACAAAGGUCCACAAAGUUGCUCUCUGCAUGUUUGCCGGGUGGUUUGCGCUCAAAUCGCUGAAGAAACCGAUCAUCCCCGUGAUUGUCGGUGACUCUGACGCGUGGAAGGAGACGGCAAUCGGCCUCCUCCUCUCGAACAUGGAGUGCAUCAACCUGCAAGAUGUCACGCCAGAGAACUUUGCAAACAAGCUGGAGGAGAUUGUGUCCCGUGUGAAGACUUUUCAGACGAACCAAGCAAGCCCCACAGCGCCAGCAGGACCAGGAGCGUCGUCGUCAUCACCUUCGUCAUCAUCGGAAACGGAAUCUCGGUCCCGCGUUCCCAAAGUCGGGGAUCGCGUCAUUUCGCACUGGACGCGCUGGUCCUUUUUUCCGGCCACCAUCAACAGCUUCGACAGCGAGACUCGGAGUUUCACGGUUGACUUUCUUGACGGCGACACAGAGGGCCGUGUACAGCCCUUUGAUCUGGUUGCCCUGGAUCGCGUCCCAGAUGUGGAUGAAGUUGGUGUCGGAUCCCACGUCCUGUUCCCACAGGGGAUGUAUCGUGCACAGGGCGAGCGCGACGGUGGCGUUCGCUUCCACAUGGGCGUUGUCGAGCACAUCGACACCGCCGCUGAUGGCACGCGCACGUACUCGGGGCGACACCUCAAGGGGGAGGCCGACGGGAAGUGGGUCACGUACAAAGAUUACAGCGCCACGUUCAGCGACCUGCGGCUGGACCAACUGCGGAUGUCUCCAAACGUCAUGGACCUGCUCGAUGCAAACUGAUGGCGCUCGUAUCGGUGGUCGCGCUGAUGGUAAACACACCAACAUUCGCAAGUGUUGGUUUUGUGCGCGCUUUCUUGUGUGUGUGUGUGUGUGUGUGUGUGUGUGUGUGUGUGCUUACUUGUGUAUGUGUGUGCGUGUGCUUACUUGUGUAUGUGUGU